AUGAAGUCUAUUACAUUCUUGUCCGUUCUCGCCGCCUCCGCGGUUGGCCUUGGUGCUGCGGAUGGCCUUAAGAUUGACGUGACACACUCAGUCCAGUGUGACCGCAAAACUCAAAAAGGCGACAAGGUCGCCAUGCAUUACAAGGGCACACUGGGGGACUCAGGAAAAAAAUUUGAUGCCAGUUAUGACAGAGGCCAGCCGCUCCAGUUUACGUUAGGGGCUGGACAAGUCAUUGCAGGAUGGGACAAAGGCCUUCUUGACAUGUGUAUUGGAGAAAAGAGAACAUUGACCAUCCCCUCCGAGCUUGCCUAUGGCGACCGUGGUAUCGGCCCCAUUCCCCCAGGCGCCACUCUAAUCUUUGAAACCGAAUUAGUUGGAAUUGACGGUGUCGCCCCCCCGGAGAAAGAGACAGGAAAAGACGAAGCAAAAGAGAACAAAGAAGCCGAUAAAGCUGGCGAAAAGGUAAUCACAGUCGUGCUCAAAGCUACUGAAGCCCCUAAAACGUUCAUGGCUGACAACAGAUGA